AUGUACAGUGACAGUGACCGUCACAAGGAACUGGGCGAGUGCGACAAGUUGCUCACAAUAUAUGAGCCUGAACAUGACUUUGAUUGCGCAGAACCUAGGUUGCAAGAAGUCAAGGACAUUGUAAGGAAGGCCAGAGCGUCUUCAGCACCAGAACCCGAUGGAGUACCGUACAGAGUAUACAAGAACUGCUCCAAGAUCUUGCUACGGUUGUGGAAGCUUAUGAAGGUUGUUUGGAGGAAAGGAGAGUUUUGCAGAGAAUGGUUGAAGGCAGAGGGCUGUUUUAUUCCUAAAGAAGAGGAUUCAUCAACCUUUGGUCAAUUCAGGACUAUCUCUUUGCUGAACGUGGAAGGAAAGAUACUCCUCGCUGUCCUUUCAAGAAGAAUGUCCUCUUAUUUGCUUCAGAACAAGUACAUUGAUACAGCUGUGCAGAAAGGAGGAGUACCCGGUGUAUCUGGGUGCGUCGAGCAUACCAGUGUCAUCACCCAAAUCAUCAAGGAGAACAAAGGAGACAUCGCAGUGAUCUGGCUUGACCUAGCGAAUGCAUAUGGUUCUGUUGCGCAUCAGAUGAUACAAAAGACUCUACAGUUGUAUCAUGUACCCAUUCGAUUUCGGCAGAUGUUGCGGCACUAUUUCGACGGCUUCAUCAUGAGAUUUUCAACGAGGGCAAUAACCACUGACUGGCAAGGACUUGAAGUAGGCAUCGUUACCGGAUGCACCAUUUCAGUGGUGCUGUUUGCCGCGGCCAUGAAUCUGAUAGUGAAGUCAGCGGAGAAGCCAUCCAGAGGACCCAAAAUGGCUUCGGGGUGUAUCCAACCAACAACGAGGGCAUUUAUGGACGAUAUGACUAUAACAGCAAAGUCGUACGUCGAGGGAAGGUGGAUGCUGCAAGACAUUGGCGAACUUAUCGAGUGGGCCAGAAUGAAGUUUAAACCCCAGAAAUCAAGGAGCAUGGUUCUGAGGACAGGAAAGAUUCAAGAGAGUGCAAGAUAUAGAAUCAAAGAUCAGCUCAUCCCGACUGUUAAGGAGCAACCAUUGAAGUGCCUCGGGAAGUGGUUUCGAGACUCGCUUUACGAUCAACAGAGUAUCAAAGACACGGUAGUGCAAAUGGAGAACUGA